GAGGUCACGGAGCAGCUGGCGCAGCUGGUGCGGGCGCUCUGGACUCUCGAGUACACCCCGCAGCACAGCCGCGACUUCAAGAACAUCGUGUCCAAGAACGCGAUGCAGUACCGUGGCAACGCCCAGCACGAUGCCCAGGAGUUCCUCCUUUGGCUCCUCGACAGAGUCCACGAGGAUCUGAACAACGUGGUGAAUUCCAGCAGCAUGCCUCCCCUCAAGCCACCACUGGAGGAUGAUGUGCUGCUCGAGGGCCCAGCCUUUCCCAUCAGUAGCACUUUUGUGCAGGAACUCUUUCAAGCCCAGUACAGGUCCUCCCUGACGUGCCCUCAUUGCCAGAAGCAAAGCAACACCUUUGACCCUUUCCUGUGCAUCUCGCUGCCGAUCCCUCUGCCCCACACACGGCCGCUCUUUGUCACUGUGGUGUACCAGGGCAAGUGCUCGCACUGCAUGAGGAUCGGGGUGGCCGUGCCCAUCUCUGGAACCGUGGCCAGGCUGAGGGAGGCUGUCUCCUCGGAAACCAAGAUACCCACGGAGCAGAUCGUGCUGACAGAGAUGUACUACGACGGGUUCCAUCGCUCCUUCUGCGACACCGACGACCUGGACACCAUCCACGAGAGCGACUGCAUCUUUGCCUUUGAGACCCCAGAGAUCUUCAGGCCCGAGGGCAUCCUCAGUCAGAGGGGAAUACAUGUGAACAAUAACCUGAAUAACUUGAAAUGUGGCACUGAGCACUCCCGAACAAUAGCUUACUCUCAAGGAAUGGUGAAGUCUGGAAAACUGGAACAGUCCUCUACUAAACCAGCAGCAAAUGACAAGAUUGUCUUGCUGGUGUGUAACAGAGCGUGCACUGGACAGCAGAGCAAAAGGUUUGGCUUGCCCUUUGUGUUGCAUUUGGAAAAAACAAUUGCUUGGGAUAUUCUGCAGAAGGAAAUUCUGGAGAAGAUGCAGUAUUUCCUGCGGCCUGCAGCCUGCUUGCAGGUUUGCCCGUUCAGCUUGCGAGUGGUCAGUGUGGUGGGAAUAACCUACUUGCUACCUCAGGAGGAGCGACCCCUCUGCCACCCUACAGUGGAAAGGGCAUUGAAGUCAUGUGGACAGGGGGGAACUGCUCAUGUGAAAUUAGUGGUAGAAUGGGACAAAGAAACUAAAGAUUACUUGUUCGUGAAUACAGAAGAGGAGUAUAUUCCAGACUCUGAGAGUGUCCGCCAGCAGAGAGAGCUUCAUCAUCAACCUCAGAUCUGCACUUUAUCUCAGUGUUUCCAACUGUACACCAAAGAGGAGCAGCUUGCCCCAGAUGACGCAUGGCGAUGCCCACACUGCAAGCAGCUGCAGCAGGGUAGCAUCACACUGAGCCUCUGGACCUUACCUGAUGUUCUCAUCAUACAUCUCAAAAGGUUUAGACAGGAAGGAGACCGAAGGAUGAAACUUCAGAACAUGGUUAAAUUCCCCCUGAGUGGCUUGGACAUGACUCCUCAUGUUGUGAAACGCAGCCAGAGCAGCUGGAGCCUGCCAUCGCACUGGUCACCUUGGAGGAGACCUUAUGGCCUUGGGAGGGAUCCUGAGGACUAUAUCUAUGACCUGUAUGCUGUCUGCAACCACCAUGGCACCAUGCAAGGGGGACACUAUACAGCAUAUUGCAAGAACUCUGUUGAUGGCCAGUGGUACUGCUUCGAUGACAGUGAAGUUCAGCAGCUCUCUGAAAGCGAGGUGUGCAAGCAGACAGCUUACAUCCUGUUCUACCAGCGGCGCACAGCGAUCCCCUCGUGGUCUGCCAACAGCUCAGUGGCAGGCUCCACGAGCUCGUCGCUGUGCGAGCACUGGGUCAGCCGCCUCCCCGGCAGCAAACAGCCCAGCAUCGCCUCGGCCGCCUCCUCCCGCCGCACCUCCCUCGCCUCCCUCUCCGAGUCCGUGGAGCUCGCUGGGGAACGGAGCGAAGAUGAUGGAGGAUUUUCAACUCGGCCGUUUGUAAGGAGUGUCCAGCGUCAGAGCUUGUCGUCCAGGUCCUCUGUCACCAGCCCACUGGCAGUGAGUGAAAACGGUGUCAGGCCCUCGUGGUCACUCUCUGCAAAACUCCAGUUCCGCUCCAACUCCCCGUCGCGCUUCUCUGGAGAUUCCCCAGUGCACACCUCUGCUUCCACGCUGGAGAAGAUCGGGGAGGCUGCUGAUGACAAAGUCUCCACUUCGUGUUUUGGUAGCCUGAGGAAUCUCUCCAGUAGCUACUUGGAGCCUUGUGACAGUGGUCGGCGAGAGCACAGGACGCCUCGCAGAGCCCCUUUGGCUGUCAUGGAAGGGGCAUUCAGGGAAGAGUCUGUUGUAAGGACAUCCAGCUCAGACCUUUCAGAUGGGUGUGGUAAAAGCUCUGUGCAGCCAGAGAGGAAUUACCCUGCUCUGGAUCCUUUUGAUAACAACAAUCAAAUCGCCUUUGUUGACCAGAGCGAUUCUGUGGACAGCUCCCCAGUGAAGGAGGUGAAAGCCCCUGGUGGGACGGGGCUGGCUGCAGAGAAGGCACGUGACACCCCUAAGAAGGGUCACAGCUCCAAGGGAGCUUCUGAGCCCGACAAAAGUUUGAGGAAGGGAAGGACAGUUUUGUCUACCCAAGAGACCAAAGUCUCUCACUCUUCUCCUCCACUGAAGAGUUCCCAGAAAGUUUCCCGGUCUAGAAGUAAGACAGACUCUUCUAGGGCCAGCGGGCGACAUGGGUCCCCUGCUCCUGCUCAGGCUAGGAAGGAUCACAGCGUGAAGCCACCGGAGGCAUCUGUCCCAUCGGCACAACAGAAGCAAAAGUCAGGUUCUUCUCCAUCCUCCACAGCUGCCAAGAAAACCCCAUCAGGCUCAUUGACUAAGAGCUCUUCCACUGGGAAGAGCCGGACUUCCGACCGCAGCCUCAGCAGGGAGGGCUCCAAGAUAAGUCUAGGGUCGGAUAAAACAAGCGUUACCAGCAGCUCCAGGACGAGCUCCCCGCGGAUCAGCCACUCCAGGAGCGACAGCAGGGCCGUGGACAGCAAGCACGUGAGGAGCUCCUCCAUGGCCAACCUGCGCUCCCCAAACGUGGGGGCGCGUUCUGGUUUGAAGAGGGACAGCAAGUCAGAAGAGAAGGGGUUGUCUUUCUUUAAAUCAGCCUUAAGGCAGAAGGAGACCCGGAGGUCGGCAGACCUGGGGAAGACAACGAUGCUCUCGAAAAAGACAGGGAGUGUCAGUUCCAAGUCAAGCAGUAAAAACGUGCUGGAGGACAAACCAGAGAAAGGUGUUGUCCCACCAGCCUCCCAAACCAAUGCCAACGUUACUGCAAAAGAAAAACUUGUCUCAAAGGAUGCCACACCCAACAAACAUUCUCUGCUAUCCAGUCGCAAGUCCAAGUCUUCCCAGCUAGAUCCUGGAGUCCAGUCUCCUCCUUCCAGUGGCAAGCAGUCUGCUGACAAGCCGCUGAAAAAAUUACCUUCCAGCAUGCAGGUGUCUGUACAGCCUUCUCUGGAACCUCAGUGAAAUGCUGCAAUCCAGGAUUCUGCAUUACUGACAAGGCUGGAGCAUAGCGUAAGGUCAGAGGGAUCGGAGCGGGGAAACGACAACAACUGAUUUCUGUUUUGUGUUGUUUUUUCUUUUCCUAGCAGGGCAGCCCUGGUCAGGGCUCUGUGUGUAGCCUGCCAUUCCAUGGGAUGUAAGGGCACUGCCAGGGUGGGCAGGCAGCUGGGCGGGCACUCACAGAGCUGCUGUCCAGUGUCCCUGCGAGGGGAGCAGCUCCCAGGUGUUGGUGUGCUGCCCACGCUGCUCUCUGGGCUCUGCCUGCCUUCCCAGGAGAGCCCCAGCUGCCCGGGGGGGUGACUGGGCUUCCCCUUUGUGCUCCAGAACCCCGUGGUGGUGGGUUGGAGCCGUGUCCUGUUGGACAGCAGGUCCCACCAGGGUGGCUGUACUGCGAGGCUGGGGCAGCUGGUGAGGGCUUCUUGGUCCUUGGCCCCAUGGGCCUGGUGCCCUGCCCUGGGUCAGCCAGCACAGAGGGGAUUUGGAAAUGACCUUCCAAAUAAUUGUACUGUUGGUUUGGUUUGUUUUUUCGUUUUGUUUUUUUUUUUUUUGUAUCUUUGUCAUUUGCAUACUAAUCCAAAAGAAUUUGGCAGUAUCUGAUGUUACUUGUGGAGGGAACUGAAAUUUAGUUUUAAUCUGUGGUGAGAUGAAAGUCCUACAUGUUUUUCUCAACAAAAGCACCAUAAAGCAGUUAGGAGCUUUAUUUUGUAAAAGAAAAGCACCUGAAGACUUGUACAAUGUCUGUUAGGUCUAAAGGCUUAGGGACUCUUCUAUUUUUAUAAAGGCGAUAGCACUCAAUUUAUCUGCAAAUAAGACACAGAUUAAAACUAAGUGUAACUGGUCACUCGGCCCUGCAGCACAUGGCCUCAGGCUCGUGUGGCAUUUGUGAGUGCAAUAAACCCCUUUGGAGGUGCUCUAUUGCCUUGGGUAGGGUGACACAAGGGAAUCCAGGCCACACGUGGUUCCAUUAUUGUCCCGUGGCCUUCCAGGUAUGAAUUUGUACAGAUUUGCUCACCACCUGUGCCUCACCAUUGGUUAAAAUUGAAUUUUAAGUCCUGUUGCAAAUGCAGUUUUUCGUCUGGACACAAUGUCAGAUUUUACACUGGAAUAUCUACAGUUCUCAAACUGCAUGUCACAUCACUGUACCUGGUACAGGGACGUGGGGUUUGCCCACACCUUUGAUAUUCUCCUCUGUAUUUUAAUGUUUUUGACCUGUACAGUAAUUGGAAAGCAGGCUGUCUUUACUUGGGGUUGAACAUUGUACCAUAAAUUUUAAAUUAUUUGAGGACAAGUGCAUGAGACUGUGUCAAUGCCUUUUAUUAUUUAUUUGUAUGUUUUAUUAUUCAAGGUGUAUGCACUUUUAAUAUGCAGAAUUUAUAUUUUUAUGUUAAAAAUCGUUUUCUUUCAGAAAGAAGAGUUUGAAUAUGAGGAAUUGGAACUAAGUGCAAAAAGGGGAAUAUGUAAUAAAAUACAAUAAAUUUAUUACUAGGCA